CUGGGUUUUUUAUUUAAUCUUCUCUGAAGACUGAAAUACAUAUACUAGAGCAGGCAUCUGAGGAGGGAGCUGAAAUUCAGCAAGAAAGGACAUGCUUUGGAAUUUUAUUUCACCAUAUAUUUCCUUCAGCUCAACGACAAGAAGAUUGAAACCUGCAACAUAAUGAUGAAACUUGGAAGUCUAUUCCCCAAGGAAUUUUGAUGUUAUUUAUUUGAAGUUUACAAAGGAUUUAUUUGCAAUAUUUUUUCCAGCAAACGUAAAGGAUUAAUCUCUUCAUCAACAUUUGAAGAAAUUAGAUUUUGGAUUUUAAUUCAUUUCAAGGAUGAUGUUUCUUAUUUAUGAAAUUUACUACUGUCUUGAGUUGUGAACAUGAAUGACUACAGUUUUUGGAAGAAAGAAAUGACAUACUGAUAAGUACAACUGACUUACUGAGCUAUGAAGUUUUCGAAUAAUGUGGACACAAGUGAAGGGAAGGACUAGAUUUAUAAACCAUCUGAGGAUAUACUACAGCUAUACAAAAAAAAAGGUACAGAUUUAUUGAAGAAUUUUGUAAUUAUAAAUAAUUAAACUGUCAUUAUGGUGGCAAACUCCAAUUGUACUAUUCAAGAUUCCUUUAAAUAUACUUUAUAUGGCUGUGUAUUUAGUAUGGUGUUUGUUUUUGGUUUACUAUCAAACUGUGUUGCUAUUUACAUUUUUACUUGCACACUAAAAAUCAGAAAUGAAACUACAACUUACAUGCUUAAUUUAGCAAUAUCAGAUCUCCUUUUUGUGUUUACAUUACCAUUCAGGAUUUACUCUUUUGCAUCAAAAGACUGGCCAUUUGGGGAUAUACUAUGCAAGAUUUCUGUCACACUGUUUUAUACAAAUAUGUAUGGAAGCAUUUUGUUUUUGACCAGUAUCAGCGUUGACCGUUUUUUAGCAAUCGUAUAUCCAUUUCGGUCAAAGACAAUCCGAACAAAAAGAAAUGCAAAGAUCAUCUGCAUCAUAAUUUGGAUAAUUGUGACAACAGGAAGUAUACCAGCAAGCUUCUUUCAAUCCACCAAUGCCCGUGUCAGUACUGAAGGAUGGACACACAAUACAUGUUUUGAACACUUUUCUGAAAAAACUUGGAAAACCUAUCUUUCAAGAAUUAUUAUUUUCAUUGAAACAGUAGGAUUUUUUAUUCCACUUAUAGUGAAUGUGACAUGCUCCACAAUAGUUGUAAGGACAUUAAAUAAGCCAAUUACAUUGACCAGGAAUAAAUUAAGUAAAAAAAAGGUCCUACGAAUGAUACUCGUUCACUUACUGAUUUUCUGUUUCUGCUUUGUUCCAUAUAACAUCACCCUAAUACUUUAUGCACUCAUGAGAACACAAGCAUGGAUUAAUUGUUCAGUCGUUACUGCUGUUAGAGUUAUGUAUCCAAUCACUCUGUGUAUUGCUGUUUCAAACUGUUGUUUUGACCCUAUAGUAUAUUAUUUUAUUUCAAGCAGUAUUCAAAAUUCAAUAAAAAUGAAAAAUUCAUCAACUAGAAGACAGAGACUUUCUGAAACUCAAGUUUCUGAUACUCAACAUAGAUUCCAAGCCUUAAAAACAAGAGUAUUUGACAUUGAAUCUACAAUAUAAAUUGUGUCGAUAAAGCUAGAAAAUAGAAACAGAAUGUUUAUGCUAUAAAUAUUUUUCUUUUUUCUACAGAUAUAAAAGGUUAUAUUGAGUAAAAGAGUUGCUAAUUUUAAACAAUAUGUUUAAUGUGUAAGCAUUUGUUUCAUGAAAUUUAUAUUAUCAAAUCAGAAAAAUGUCAUUUCAUCUGUGUGGAUUAAAAAAACUUUUUUAUUAUUCAAUACCUUAUGAAAAGGAGGUGUUAUAAUAAAGAGUGACUAGGUUUCCUUACUAUACAACAAAAUAGUUUUCUUUCUGAUGAAAAAUGUGUUAUCAAUAUCAAUAUUAAUAACAUUGACAAUUUAAUAUUUCAUUUUAUUAUUUUAUUCAAAGGUUAUUCACUGUUGAAAAGACUGUGGAACUGUAUAAUAAACUCUACCGUGUAAAAGUGAAGUAGUUUAUAGUCAUUGUUUACCAAAUUAAGCCUUGGUAAAUCUUGUUCACUUGAAUGGUGAAGUAUUAAAUACUUCUUUAAACUAUCCCAUGAAACCAAACAAGCUCUAAGUGAGACAUUAUUAUCUCCAAAAAGUGUGAUGAUAGUUGAAAAGACUCCUACUGUGAAUGGGAAAACAGUAUCUGCAUAGCCUUUAGACAGAAUAUUAUUAGAUUUCUGGAUACAUUUUUCUCAAAGUAUAAUUAUGUGAGUUAAUUGCAGUAAAAAACUGGAAUUAUCUUGUACCAAAGAAGCAUAAAUGCUCCUUUCUAAGUAGAUAACUUAUGAUAUGUUUAAAUGGUUUUAGCUAGCAAUAAUAGGGUACAAUUAAUACAUUAAGUUCACAACAUAAUAGGAUGCUGUUUGUUUAGUUUGGCUUAAAGUAUGAACCUAGCAAUCGUUUUGAUUUAUAAACUUCACAACUCAAGGGUUUUUUUGUGUGCCUGGCUAAUUGUGGCUUCUUGAGCAACCCAUGGUUUAAAAAAAAUGAUGUAAUACAAUGUGUAAAUUCUAUUGUGAGAUUCCAAUGUUUCUUUCUUCUGGGUCUGUACUUUCUGCAUUCGUUCGCUUUAAUUUUAUUGUUUAGUUCUAUUAAUCUUUAAAAGGUAGCUGUGAGAGCUAAGAUGGAUUUUCAUAUACUAUAUCGAAGAAAACAUAUCUCUUAAAUUGCACAAUUUCACUACGGAAACUACUGCCUUGACCAAUCAUUAAUUGCUCAGCACCUCAGUAACUUUUUACCAGAAUAAUAAAACUACUUCAACUGUACUGUACAGAACAAUAAUCAGUUACUUUAAUAUUCUCAGCAAUUUUGAAGGCUAUGCAGAAGCCUUCCCAUGCAGAAAAAUUUACAAUAAUCAAAUCAUGAUCAAAUUAAAUACUUGUACAGUAGCAGUAUGAAAAAAAAAGAUUGCAUCAGGAAUAAGUAAAAUUGGCACAUAAUUCUCAACUGAAAAAGGCACUUCUGGCUACAGUCAACAUCAAAACAUAGCAGAUUACAAAUAUACUAAUAUCCUCAUGCAAAAGCAAAACGUGCAAGAAAUCAUCUUCGCAUAAAGCUAUGAUUAAGGCUGAGCAAAGCAUUCAAAGAUGUUCCCAACAUGUGGAAACACAUGCCUCUUUUCAAAUAAUUAAAGAAGCAAUUUUAUUUACAAGGCCCACAAAAUUCUUUUGGAAACUACUCCCAGUUGUCUCUGCAUGUAUGUGCAUGCAAAGCAACUUCUCGUUGCUUCAGUUAUUGAAGUUAGGGGCAACUAGGAGCAUUCAACCUUAAGAGCUGGCCUCCGGCAAUCUGCCAUUUUAAUUCCACAUAACCCUCUGGGUCUCACAGGAACCAAACACAUUUCUUUGAAAAUAAAUAUAGCAUGUGACAGUGAACCAGACUUUACUUUGAAAUAUUUCUAGUUGUGUGUAUAUAGAGGGGGGUGGAGUAAUUAUAGCAAACUAUCACAGGAAGGCUUUGGGUUGGUGAAGAGCUAGUAGGAAGAGGAGAAGGCUGACGAGAGCACUUUACUACAUUGUCAAUUUUUGUCAUUCUCUUUAAUUCAAUGCUGCAACCUAAUCCUAGCAUCCUAGCAUCCAAGCAGCUUUUCCUACUACAUGUAAAUGGGAGAUAAAACAACUUCUCAUAACUUGAUUGUCUGCCAAUAUUAUGCAUCUUCCCUGGAGGAAGGGAACACACCCUUGCAACUAUUUGGAGAGGGUGCUCAAGACCCUACCAAAAUUCCAACUGGGCUUAUCUCCCAAAACGUUUGGAGAUAUUUUGCUUCAAGAUGUAAGGUAAGAAAGCUCCAUCAAUGGAUAAUGCUACAACUAUAUUGUAGAAGUUAUAACGGGUGUUUAUUUAUAUAAACAUUAUGGUAGCUGUUCUCUACUCACUAGUUCCUGUUCUUUUCCCUUGUCCCAGAUAUUAAAAUUCUAAUAAACAACGUGACACACAGGCUGAAACAGCAUUAAAAGUAAAUGAAGAUGUCCAAGAUUAAAUUACUUAUUUACAGGCCUAAUUUCAUAGCAAAUUUAUGAAAUCUAUGAUUUAUUAUUUUUAAGCAUUUCUUGCAUCAUUAGUCUACACCACUAUUGAGAAUUUUAUGUGGGAUUUUGUACCACACCCAGAGUACACACUAGAAAUUGGAACUGCUCAUCAUUUGGGUUUUUCUUGCCAUUCAGUACAGAAACCUACAGUAGUUCUACAAGUAGACCUCAUUUAACGACCAUUCGUUUAAUGAUGGUUCGAAGUUACGAUGGCCUCGGGAAAAGUGCUUUAUGACCUGUACUCGCACUUACAACCGUUGCAAACUGUUGCACCAUUCCCAGUAUCAGAUGAUUGCGAUUUUCAACCUUUUUUACAAUGGUCGUUAAGCGAAU